AUGUUCUCCUCCUCCAGACGACACGAGAGCUCCACCAAGAGUUUCUCAAAAAGCCACAAGGCCAGCAAAUCCAGUUCUUCAUUCAGCAAAGAUAGCGGCGUCACCAAGAGAAAACACGAGUCUCGCCAUCGUCGACCAACAAUGACUUCCAUGGCUAGUGCUAGUGGCGAUACUAUGAUGGAAAACAAUAUGGCUUCACCCAUCGUUACUCUUGUCGUUGGUAGUGAACAGCGUCUCUUCGCCGCUCACGAAGAUGUGCUUUCUAGCAGUCCCUUCUUCAAUAACGCUCUACGUAACGGAUACAUGGACGUCGCUAGCAAACGCAUUUCUCUUCCCGACGAGGAGCCCGAGAUCUUCAGCUCUGUUCUUGAGUACCUCUACAAAGGCGACUACACUCCUCGUCUUGUUCACAACAAGCGUCGAAACUCUUAUGAACUCGAGGCUGCUAGCGAAGAACAGCGUGCUGCUGUCGAGAGCACGGUCUACCACCGUGGUGUAGAUGGUGACCUUCUCAAAGACACAGUCAUCUACUGUGCAGCUGAGAAGUAUGGUCUUGACGAGCUGAAGAAGAUGUCACUACGAAAGCAAGGACUUCAAUCUGGAAUCCAGUGCAGCACCAUCCUCGCCUCAGCCAGAUAUGCCUACGCCAACACUCCCGAUACAGACUCUAAGCUACGAGCUCACUACCUCGCUCUCAUCAUCCGCUCACGAAGCACCUUCAAGCGAAGUGGCACCAUGCAACUCGAGAUGUUCAACGGUGGCACUCAACUCUUUUUUGACCUAUUUGUUGCUCUUUGCAACCACGUCGACGACAUCUCAACUGCACAAAACACCCCUCGUUCGAACCGCCACUUCUCUUAA